AUGUUUGAAGUCACUUGUUCAGCUUCACCUCCUUUCGUUGGCUACGUUUCCACAGGGACCGAGAGCUACACGAUGAUCCAGCCUGCAACCUUCACAGCGGACACAGUGAAAGAGUUCAUUCAAAAUAUACAUUCCACUCUGCGUGGGGUGGGGAUCGUCGGCAACUUCCUGUGCUUCGUCACGCUUGUGUUCUCCAGCCUGCGCCGCACCUCCACCUGUAUCUACAUGGCCGCCAUCGCGGUCCUCGACACUCUCAUCUUGGUGCUGGAUUUCUGCGUCCUGUUGCGCGGCUACCUAGGCGAGACAAGGUUCUACUUGCAAAGCAACUGGUCUUGCGGCGUCCAAUACUUCCUCUUCUACUUUUCCAUUCACUUCGACGUCCUUCUCCUGAUAGCCAUGACCUUUGAUCGCUACAUAGCCUUGCGCAAGUCGCGUCAGUUCAGUCAGCAGUUCACCCACAGGAGGCGCCACCUGCAAGGCGGGCGAAGCAUUAGCUGGUCGCAAGACCUGCGCGCGGAAGUGGAACGGGGCGCAAGUGAAAGUAGCAUGCACACCAUAGACAGCGACAUCAACAUCAUCAUCAACUCCCCGGGAGAGAUGACAGUAGCGACGCCAGGAAAUGGUGCAACAUACAGCUUGGCAUCCCCCUCGCCGAUGACGCCGACAGCAAGGACGAAGGUAUCGAAUGCCGGCAGCGUUAGAAUGGCCAGAAACACCAACAUCACCGUCAUGCUAUUGCUCGUGUCCUUAACCUUCUUGCUGCUGACCUCACCUGUCGUCAUAGUCCUGCUGUACAAGCGUUACUACUGGCUGCCCACCAGGGACGAGGAGAAGGCCAAAGUUCGUCUGGUGCACGCUUUCGUGGACAACCUCAUGUACACCAACCACGCCGUCAACUUUCUGCUCUAUUGUAUCAGCGGCCGUCGCUUCCGAAUGGAGUUCAAGCGCACAGUAACUCGGUUUUGCAGCUGCCGGCUUUUAGUCAAAAGGCACAAGAAUUAA